UAUAUAUAUAUAUAUAUAUAUAUAUAUAUAUAUACAUAACUGUUUAUUGCUGUUCUUCUCUGGCAGCGUUAUUCUCUUAACAGUAGGUCUUGUUUUUCUUGUAAUUGAGUCUUUAAUUCCCUUCUUGUGUGGCCAAAGUCUACUUUGACAUUUCUAAACAACAUUGUACGUGAGAUUAGAGUAAUAUAACUGCAGAAAUGUUGAGCGUGAGUAUAGAACGUCACGCUGCUUAGUGAGCCUUGUGUUGAUUGAUUGAUUGAGACUUUUAUUAGUAGAUUGCACAGUACAGUACAUAUUCCGUACAAUUGACCACUAAAUGGUAACACCCCAAUACGUUUUUCAACUUGUUUAAGUCGGGGUCCACGUUAAUCAAUUCAUGGUAAACUCAUGUUGCAAUGUAAGUUAUACACUUAACAAUGUCAUCACAUUUUUAACACGACUUUUGUUUGUUGAGCUUUCUAUGAUUGUCUUUCUAUUUAUUUAAUUUUUGUAUUUUUUGGGACAACAGAAACCGCACUAUCCGCACAAAAAGGAAAUACAAAAUGUAAUUGUGUCUGUUUUGCUUUCACAAUAAAAGGUGUAUUGAAAGUCUGAUAGAGCAUAUCUGUCACGUAAUUGACUGCUUAAUUGUGUUGAAUGUUUUUUUUUAUAUAUUUCUUGACCCAUUACUUGUGAGGUCAAGUUUCAUGCGAGCCCGUCCCACCUCGCAAGUCCAAAAAUAGACCCAGCUCAGCCUCAACCAACUUGGAGCUUUCUUUUUUCCAUAACAAACAAGAAGUCGGCUUCACUAUUGGACAACAUGAUGUUUCUUUGAGCCUUCGGUCUCUCUUUGCAGCUGUCAAGAUGUCACACAGCUGAAGGGGAAAUGAGGACACUUUCUGUCUUUUUUGGCAGUUUCUGAAGGCGUGGGGCGUUAAAUUUAGCAUCUGCAGCUACGCACGGGCUACAUUUCUAACAAUUUCAUGGGCUGCCAUUGCAUUUAAACACCAUAUGAAAUGAAUCUUUUAAGUAAGUGUUUGGGGAAACUGUUGGAGUGGAUCAGCACGUGGAUGAAAUGUGGUCUGAUGAGACUUUGCAGGGUUUUUGCAACAGCCAGUGCUUUGCCAAGGAGAGCAUCUUGCCAAUCCACACCUGAGGAGUGGACAAGCAGCAUGGCGCUUCGCACGUAUGACGCAGGCGGUCAAAGCAUGGUCACAGUCCAGACCAGCACACACACCUUCUACGUGAGUACCACCAGAUCCUGCAAAAUGUACCGAGAAAUCGUGUUUGAUUCAUUGAAAUGUCAACGUCAGGUGGACCUCGGAGGGCUUUCUGACUGUAGCCAGUAUUUUCGAGCGCUGUCCCAGUCUGGAAUGAAGGAGACGGAGGAUGGCCUUGUCUGCUUGGACCACGUGUCUUCAUCUGCCUUUUAUGGUCUCCUGGAGUUUUACUUCCGCCACACCUUUAGGACCCCGCCGGAGGAGGAGUUAGGCCUACAUAUACAGGCCAGCAGCUAUCUCCUGGCGGAGACUUUCCUCGCCAAGUGCCUGUCUGUCCUGGCGGACGUCCUCAGGCCAGAGAACUGUCUGUCCUACCUCAGUCUGGCCCAGGAGAUUUGCUGCGUGGAGCUGAGGUCCACCGUCUUGGCCUACCUGAGCAGGAACCUGCUGGAGCUGCCUCACGUCAUCAGGCGUCUGACUGACCAGGAGAGGGAGGAGCUUAUCCUGCUGAGGACGCAAGGGAAGCCGCACCUCUGCAGCCUCAGGAAGGAGAACCUGACCACUUGGAGAGACCCGGCCACAGAGCGUGCUCGCCAUGUGUUUGCCCUGCACGGUGGAGGAUGGCGUCCCAUCACAGAGUUCCCCUUCACAGCUGACAAGUGGAGCUUCAGUGCAGUGGUGAUGUACAACUACUUGUACAUCAUAGGAGGCUACAGGACCCUCGCAGGGAGGAGCUGGCACUUCAAGAUGGCCUCCUUUAGGUAUAACCCUCUGACUCAGGAAUGGGCCGCCAUUGCUCCGCUCAUCAAGCGUAGAAGGCACUUCAGUGCAGUGUGCUGCCAGGGCCGCAUCUAUGCAGUGGGCGGCUGGUACUUGGACUCCCUGCUCAGCCCAGACUCCAACACGGCCCUCCACACAGCUGUGGAAUGUUACAACCCGUGGGAGGACACCUGGAGGUUUGUGUCGUCGCUGCCGCUGACGGACUUCCAGUUCAGCGUGUCGUUGUCCCACGACGUGCCCCUGGCCACCAGCCUGGCACACUGCCUCCUAGUCCUGGGGAGCAUCCAGAGGACAGGAGAGAAGGUGCUGCUGCAGUACCACACAGAAGAAGACUCCUGGUCUGAGCUGCGUCCCCCCCUCACCAGGGCCCACGUCCACCUUCCAGUUCUUUACUUCCUGGGAGCCUCCGCUGACCGGCUGCUGGUGGUCGGCGGCGACAACUCUCACAAUGUGAUGACCUCGUUCUGCGUGCGCUCACAGCAGUGGGGGCAGGUGCACAGGCUGCCAAAAGCGGCGUUGGUGGGCCAGGGGACGCUUGUAGGCCAGCAGGUCCUGAUGGCCAGUCUAGAACACAACACUGUGGUGACCAUGGAUCAACAAUCUCUUUCCUUCACUACCUUUCCUCCUCUGCCCACCUCCGUCUGCUAUGAAGCUGUCUUCUACCUGCACAUCUUUCUUUAAUGACUUAGUCUAUUGUCAGGAUCCUUGAUGUGACACUAAUUAUAGUCAAUAUAAGGAUAAUAGAUGCAUCAGUACUUGUUUUUGUAUCCUGGCUGUAAUUGAUCUAAUAUUUAGUCUGCCAUGACUGAGUGUAGGGGCGUGGCUACACUGGGUGUG